UUUUAAGCGAGUGGGUCCGGCGCUUUACUGCGAAUAUGUGAUGUUAGUGUUCAGGUGGUGCGUGUUGUGAAAAACAAAGUUCUCGUAACGAUUCCUCCGGUGUAUUUCGUGAUUAUGAUAAACGCCAAUGUACAGCUCUGGUUACUCUUAUAAUCGCUACCGUCCGAAUAGGGACAUUUCGCGCGAAACGGUCCGUCGACCAGAGGAUUUGAGCUGGAGCUACGGGGGGUCUUCAUGGGUGUACCGACCCUCGGGCAUGCCUAUAAAAUCCACCAGUAGCACCAAACCUUUCGAUUCCUAUUCAUCCACCAACUCCAACAAUGUCAAUACCACAUCUCAAAGACCGAGAUAUACUCGCUCUUCAACCACCAGCAAUGUCGCGCAGUUGCUUAGCGAUUCGUGUUCGAGCUUGCUGCAGAAACUCACCACUAGAGUCCGGGGGCUUUCCACUACUGUAGAAAGACAACUUUCAUCUUCGGAUACUGUUCCUUUAACAUCAAGUACUUCAUCAAAAUCCUCAAAUUCCGGCUUCCUUCCUUUAACAACCAGUAAAAGUACUACUGUUGUACCUAAUUUCGGACAUACUAUAUCAAGAUUAGAAGAUAAAUAUUCCUCAGUUUUAGAUAAAAUAUACAAAAAACAGAACAAGGAUCCGGAAAAAACUCCUGUGCCUCCUGGAAGGGCUUUGGCCAAGAGUUCUACAGCUGUCAAUAUCUUUUAUCCAGAAAAAUCGAUUUAUAAUAACAUCAACAACGAUCAUACAGUCUACAGAAGGGAAAAGACCCCCUAUAAAGAGAGUAGGAAGUCGUUGCACAAUACGAGGCACUAUCCAGAGCCUCAGUACGUGUAUUUAGAUAAGGAUUCAGCUUAUAGAGUUCGACAUAAGUCAAAUCAUUCCGAGCUACGCCCCAGAAGAUCUUUGAAACCUAACCAUAGGAAUGAAUUGAGUGAGAUAAACGACAGAAAAACUGCAUCGAGUCUGAAACUAUGCCCCGUGGAAAUCAAAUACCAUGACCAACCAGCUCAGGUUCACUCCAACUUCGAGAAAACCCUCAGUCCCCCGGCGAUACGGGCCAACGAUAAGGAGCUUACUACGAUCCCUAGUGCUCCAGACACCGAGACACAACGUGAAGCGAAAAGGGUAGAGAUCCAGAAUUUGAUAGCAAAGUAUUCGGCAUUGGAUGAGGCGUAUAAGUUGAAUGACAGUGCUUACAGUUCUGCGGCUAGUACAUCCAGUUCCAGUUCCAAGCCCAGCGUUCUGGCUAGUGUUACGCAGAAGUACUACCCCAACCUGGCGCCUGCGGCUUCAGCACCUUUAGAAGACGAUGAGGAGGGCCACUUGUUGUACAAAGUUGGCGAUACGCUCAAAGAACGAUAUAGAAUUAUCGGAACUUUAGGGGAGGGAACGUUUGGAAAAGUUGUCAAAGUGAAAGAUCUCAAAAAAGACUGCCUUAGAGCUUUAAAAAUAAUUAAGAAUGUUGAGAAGUACAGAGAAGCUGCCAAACUUGAAAUUAACGUAUUAGAAAAGUUGGCAGAGAAGGAUCCAGAUUGUAUAAAUUUAUGUGUAAAAAUGUUGGACUGGUUCGACUAUUAUGGCCAUAUGUGUAUUACUUUUGAAAUGUUAGGACUAAGCGUUUUCGACUUUUUGAAAGAUAACAAUUACCAACCGUAUCCACUAGACCAAGUUAGACAUAUCGGAUAUCAGUUGUGUUAUUCAGUCAAAUUUCUUCACGAAAACCGACUGACGCAUACAGAUCUCAAACCGGAAAAUAUACUCUUUGUAGAUUCAUCAUACGACUUGGUGUACGAUGUAAAAAAGAGGAAAGACGUGCGGAGGGUAAAAAGAACUGACGUGAGAUUAAUAGACUUCGGUAGUGCUACAUUCGACCACGAACAUCACAGUACGAUAGUAUCGACACGUCACUAUAGAGCACCAGAAGUUAUUUUGGAAUUAGGAUGGUCUCAACCGUGCGAUGUUUGGUCGAUAGGCUGUAUAUUAUUCGAAUUAUACUUAGGUAUUACAUUGUUCCAGACUCACGAUAAUAGAGAACAUUUAGCGAUGAUGCAAAGGAUCAUAGGAGAAAUUCCAAUCAGUAUGGCGAAACGAACGAAGACAAGGUACUUCUACAAAGGAAAACUGGAGUGGGAUGAAAAGAGUGCAGCGGGGCGAUAUGUUAAAAACAAUUGUAAACAUUUAUCGAAAUAUAAACAGUCCGAAGAAUCGGAUCACAACUCGCUCUUCGAUCUUAUUUUCCGAAUGUUAGAAUACGACCCUGCGGAAAGGAUCUCUUUGCGAGAUGCGUUGCUUCAUCCGUUCUUCGCCAAAGUCACCCGCGGCCAAUACGCAGACGAGGCCGUUUCUCUUGCCAGGCCGUGCAGGAGUCUAUCCAGAUGAAACUGGAUGUAUUUUAAAUUAAUUUUGUAAAUGUACGAAACGUUUCAUUAUUUGUACAGAGAGUAUCUUUUAUUAAGAAAGGACGGUAGAAAUUCUGUAAGAAAUGGUCUUUUCAAAUAAUUUAAUGACUUUGGAAGAAAAAAAUAACUAAAAUUUUAAACCGCCGAGGCAUUUUGAUAAUCUGCUAGGAUGAUUAUAUAUAUUCCACUGUCGAACCUAUAAAUCACGUACACAGCGAUAUACGCUGACUACGCGAUUAUCUGCUAAUAAUAAAGCGAUAAUCCGCUGCUACGGCACUAAUCCGUUGCUACGGUGAUAAUCCGUUGAAGAAUCGAUAAUUUGUUGUAUAUUAAUAACAGUCCUAAAUAAACGUAAAAUGAGUAAACAAAGAGAAUUGACGAUUCAAAAUGUAAUCACUGUUUUUUUAUAAUCAUUGACAAUGGGAGUUACUGUUAACUCUUUUCUAUUGUGUGUAUAAUUUUAAUUAUUAUAGUUACAAAAGACAGUUAAACGUUUCUACAGAAUUUCUACCAGUAUUUGAACAAAUAUGCCGAUUGACUCGUUCCAGCCAAAUCGUAAAUGUUGUAGGUAAUUUUAUUUUAAUCUUCCGUGACUCCUGAAUAUAUGGCGCCACAAGGCGGGUGUAGCUUACAUAUAACUUUCCAAAUAAACUAAUAUCACGUAAAAGUACAUAAGGCAUAUUUUGUUUCAGAUUAUUCCGAAAUUUGAUUAAAACAGAAAUAAAAAAAAAUUAUGUGUAAAAGUGACCUGAUUGUGGUGUUUAUUAUUAAAGAAGUGAGAGAAAUGUACUUGGACUAUAGAUGCAUAUGUCGUUGGUUCAGAUCCGGCUUGAAGGACCACAAUAUGUACAAAAAGGGGUGUACAUAUGUGAAAUUAUGAAUAUAAUUUUGGUGUAUGAGGACUGUAUUACAUAAGGCUGGUUCAAAUAAAUUAGGAUAAGUAGUAAGGAGUUAUACAGAUAAUAGCAAAUCAAGUUUAUAAAAAGUCUUACCAAUCCUGUGCUGCACACCCGCGGUAUUUACAGGCUUACACUUGCGGUUGUUCUUUGUAUGUAGAAGCUGUCUUUACCGGUAUCUGAAUACGUGUCUCACGGUACUAACACUGAGAUUACGAGAUAGAACACAUUCGCGUCUGUAUACGAUUUAGAAGAGGAUUCGCGGUAAUUUUCGCCUAACUAAAAGCGAAAAAGUGAGAGAGAGAGAGAGAGAGAGAGAGAGAGAGAGAGAGAGAGAGAGAGAAUGUCUGUUGUUAGCGAUAGACAACAUGCAAGAGAGCGUACGUCUGUUGGCUCAAUUCUCUGUCAAUAGUAGAUAGAGUACUGUCUGUAUUUCUAAUGGGGUAGGGUUGGAGUUGGAGUAGGAAGUAUUAUCAAGGGUUGAAUUACGGUAAUAAUUUUAUAAUUGCGGUAAAGAAUGAUAGUAAUUAAGACACUAUUUUUACUUGGCUAUCACUGUGACAACUUUAAUGAACCAAAAAAUCGACAAAAAAAUAAAAAUAAAACCUCAAAAAACAUACUUAUUUGUAAAAAAUGAAGAAAUAAAGUCGAAAUAAAAUAUGUUUUAUGAGUUUUUUCGUAGCAUUAGAUGAUUUUUGGGAAAGUUAUUAAAUUUUAUAAGCCUUAGUCAAACGCCAUAUAUUAGUUUCAAUAUUCCGUCUCUGUAGGUUCGUUCUAAAAUACCACAUUUUGGGAUAUCUUAAAUUCUCUCUAAAUAGAUUCACACAAAUCAUUAGGGAUAUGAAAACCUCUAGUAGGAUAAAUAAUUUCGACUAUCAUAUUUUUAUACUAAAUUUUGUUUUUGUUUUGUUUGAACCAUAAACAGCUAUUUUUUGAUAGGACGCCUUUGUGAUAAUUCGCAUUGCGAUAACCAGAUGAUGGAUUGUUAUAAAAAAAAUUGGAACGAACCUAUUUACUGUCUUCUAUUUCUUUGUUCAUUUAUGUGUUGGAUACGGAGCACGAGUUGACGACAGCGUUGGUUCCAAUUUGUUUCUAAGUUACGCAUAAUUAAUAUAAGCUUAUAAUGUAUUACACUAAUUGAUAUUAAUCAGUGAUUUACUGUGAUCGAACCAAAAGUGCUUGAUUUAGUUUUGCAAUAUUCUUUAAUGAUAAAGAUGUACAUGUCUUUUACGAAAUAAACAGUAUGAUUCGAAUA